GCCUGAGAGGAGCUGGGGGAGGACGGUGGCCCGCGAGGCUCGUCGCAGACAACGCGGCGGCGAUGUCCGCGAGCCAGGCGAGUGCCGCGGCGGCAGCGGCGGGGCCUCGCACGCGGCAGGGCGGCCUGGGCUUCGGCCUCCCUCCGGUUCCCAGAAAGCGAGCUGGCGGCCAGCGCGGGGGGAGCAGCGGCAGAGGCGGAGGCUCCGGCGCGUCUCUCUCCUCCCCUUCAGCCUAAGCCGGGGGAGGCCAGGCGGCCCGUGGGCUGGAGGGGAGUCCGCUGCCCAAGAAUGGGAAUUCUCUUCACCAGGAUAUGGAGACUGUUCAAUCACCAGGAGCACAAAGUUAUCAUUGUUGGGCUGGAUAAUGCAGGGAAAACUACCAUCCUUUACCAAUUUUCUAUGAACGAAGUUGUACAUACAUCACCUACAAUUGGAAGUAAUGUAGAAGAAAUAGUGAUUAAUAAUACACGUUUCUUAAUGUGGGAUAUUGGUGGUCAAGAAUCUCUUCGUUCUUCCUGGAACACUUACUAUACUAACACAGAGUUUGUAAUAGUUGUUGUGGACAGUACAGACAGAGAAAGAAUUUCUGUAACUAGAGAAGAGCUCUAUAAAAUGUUAGCCCAUGAGGACCUAAGGAAAGCUGGAUUGCUGAUUUUUGCUAAUAAACAAGAUGUUAAAGAAUGCAUGACUGUAGCAGAAAUCUCCCAGUUUUUGAAACUAACUUCUAUUAAAGAUCACCAGUGGCAUAUCCAGGCAUGCUGUGCUCUGACUGGCGAGGGAUUGUGCCAAGGACUUGAAUGGAUGAUGUCACGACUUAAGAUUAGAUGAUCUCUGCUGACCUCUCUCCUCAUAGACUUUGUAUAAACGAAGUGCUGGACUUUACCUGAAAGCUGCAGAAAUUAAUGGUUUAGAUAUAUUUAUAAUAAACUGAUUUAAACUUUUUCUAUAAGAAGAGAAAUUAAGACCACUUAUUUGAGAACAAAGAUGAAGUCUCACUUUCCAAUCUGCUUUCUCAUUAGUCCCUUCCAAAGCAAGGUCUUUAAAGCUGUGAUUGCCAUUUUUCUCAUAAUGAAUCCUCUCAGGACGUUGUGUAGUCUGUGGUAAGUACAAAGGGAGAGGAAGACAUUUUUAACUUUAAGAGCUUUAUUGUCAGCAUAAGCCUCCCUAGUUGAAUGUUGUUCUCUUCUUGUUCCAUUAAGUCAAAAUACAAAUCAGCACAGGUA